GGCGUUGUCUGCACCGUUCACCAACUGACGUGUCGCGUUCAGGUUGUUAUUGAGGAAAAUUGUGACAAAUGCUCAAAAAGGGACAUUGAAGAUAAUUGUGAACAUGUCAGAUCCUACAAAGCAAGACAUUUCUACCAUCUUCAAGAAACUUCGCUCCAUUCCGACAAAUAGGGUUUGCUUUGACUGCUCAGCUAAAAACCCCAGUUGGGCCAGCAUCACAUAUGGUGUAUUUCUAUGUAUAGACUGCUCUGGGACACAUCGGUCUCUGGGGGUGCACCUGUCAUUUAUUAGGUCAACUGAGUUGGACUCCAAUUGGUCAUGGUUUCAAUUGAGAUGUAUGCAAGUGGGAGGCAAUGCCAGUGCGGUUGCCUUUUUCAAUCAACAUGGCUGUACCUCCAGUGCUGCUAAUGCAAAGUACAACAGCAGAGCAGCUCAGCUGUACAGAGAAAAGAUAAAGAGUCUUGCUACACAAGCCACACGACGUCAUGGCACUGAGUUAUGGCUUGACAGUCAGGCUCCUCUAUCUCCAACAUCACCAGAUGAAAAGAAUUUGGAUUUCUUUAGUCUGCACAUACAGACUCCUCCUGAAAAUCUAAACAUGGCCAAAAUGAGUCUCAGUGCUUCUGCAACCACAACAGAGAAGUCUGAAACUACUGAAGAAGACAAAAAUGGUAACCCAGAAGAAGGACCUAGCGUGGAAAUGCUGAGCAUCUCUCCAAAAGCUAAUCUAGAUAUCCCUUCACUUUUAAAAAAGAAACCAGCUGCUGCUAAGAAAUCACUUGCCUCUAAAAAGGGGGGCCUUGGAGCUCAGAAAGUCAGUAGUAAGAGUUUCUCAGAAGUGGAGAAAAUGGCUCAAGCUGUGGAUAAACUUCGAGAGAAAGAGGAAAGGUCUGCUCCUGUAGCCAAGACGCCUCUUCAGUCUGACGAGUCUGUUGCCACGUCCUUGCGGCUGGCCUAUAAGGAUCUUGAUAGCCAAAGAAAACUUGAAGAGAAAAAGCUGAAUCAGUUGGAAGGAAAGAAGAAAGAGCAAGCAGAGAGGCUUGGCAUGGGUCUAGGGAUAAGGAGUGGAAUUACCCAUUCAGUGACUUCAGAGAUGCAAAUUAUCCAACAAGAGAACCCACUGAGCACAAAGACCAAGAAGAGCCAGAGGUUUGUAGAUGAUGAAGAUAAUGACACAUCUUUCAGCUCUAGGGUUUUGCCGCUUUUUGAGGAUGAAACAUCAGAUAAAUUCUCAUCUCGGUGGGAUGACAGCAGUGAAGAAGGAGGGUGGCUCAAGGAAAGCAAGAAACCAGAGCCAGACUUCUAUAUAACAACCCCUAUAUCGGCUCGCGAUGAAAGAUCUACAUCAAGGAGAAAAGCCGAACCGGUACCAGUUGUGGAUACAGGUGAUGCUCAGAAAAAAUUUGGUGAUGCCAAAGCCAUUUCCUCUGAUAUGUACUUUGGGAAACAUGACAACAAUGAGUAUGAAGCUAAAACACGACUGGAGAGAUUAUCUGCUAAUUCCUCCAUAAGCUCAGCAGAUUUAUUUGAGGACCAAAAGAAACAAAGCACAAGUUCGUAUCGGCUGACCAAAGUGCUGCCCAGCGCUCCUGAUAUGUCACAACUUAAACAGGGAGUACGCUCUGUUGCUGGAAAACUGUCUGUGAUGGCUAGUGGUGUGGUUAAUACUAUACAGGAUCACUAUGGAACCUGAGUCUCAGCGUUUUUGUUUCGAUAAAGGGGAGGAGACCAGUCAGUGCUGUAAGAUAAUCUAUAUAAACAUGUUAUGAAAUAAGCAAUCAUGUCCACUUUUGCAGCUAAAGGUUUGGAACAAGAAUGGACAUAAAAAAACAAUGUUUACUUAUCUUUACAUCUUGUUCAAUCUGCUCAUUAUAUUUGUAUUUGAAAGGUAAAAGUGUCUAAAAUGUAUAGUUUAUUUUUUCUUGUUGUUGAUGGGUUUCAUGAUAGCAACUCUUAUUAUUUGUCACUUUUGCACCUUUUUGUUUCAAAAGUGCACUUAUACUUUUCUAUACGAAGGACCAAAAUCUAAGAUUUUGCAACUAUAUAAAUGAAGUGUAAAAGCACAACUUCAUGAAGUAGCUAUAGCGGUAGCCUUAAAUAUUAUUUGGCCCCUGUCUUAAAAUGUAAACCAUUUUGGUGUAAGUCAAUUGCAUUAUAUGCUUUGCUUUGUUCAGUCUUGCCACAAUGUGAAGAAUGCUUUUCUUUGUUUGUGUAUUUGAUUGUAUAGACUUAAAACAGAAAUGUUACUAGGUUAGGUUAUUAUGCUUAUGUUAAGAUUUCCCAAAUGAAGAAAUGUCUUAUUGCCCUAGGUCACAGAUACUAUGUACAAAUUUUGCACCUUUACAUGAAGUUUAUUGUGAGACUUUUAGAUGUUUUUUUCAAUUUGAAAAAGGGUGGUGCCUUUAUUGGCUUAUAACAAAUGACAAGACACUCAACUGUGCUAAGAAUAUUGUUAGUUAGUGCUAUGAAAACUCAGUGUGUGAAACUGCCCUACAACUGAAAUUGUCAAUUUUUCACUUGCAGAAACAAACUUAACUAUGUUACAUUCUGAAAAGAUGGUAGCUUUUUAUUGCCCAGAAGAAAGUAUUGGCUGCCCUGGUCUCUUUUCGUGUUCUCGUCUCUUUACAAAGUAGUGAGCCAACAGGUCCUAGUUUUGAUGUUAUGUCAAAUCAGACAAGUUUAUUUUCCAUGGUGGAAUUUAGACAUGAUAUUUCCAUUAUACUUUUUAUAUUCUGGAUAAAUCCAACAGAUUGAUAUCUAGUGUAUUUACUUACGCACACAGCGACUGGCUUAUAAUAUAUUACUGCUGUCAGAAAAGUUAUAUAAUUUGGAAAAAUGUUAAUAAACGACGUAAUCAUUCAUGCUCUUUACGUG